UUGAGAACAAAGAAAACACUCAGCAUGGCAUCCGCAAGCUCCUCGCAGUCCACAUUCAGACUGGGCCGCAGCAAGAAGAACCCGACCGUUAUGGAUCAGAUCGGAAAGUUCUUUGGAGGAGACAAGAAGAGGAAGGGAAAGGCAUCUUUCCGUGGUGCUCUGUCUGCCUCACCUCAGAGAUCGAGUGCAUCACCUCGACGCCGCGCUGAUGAGAACGCUGUCGUGCAUUUUUUCAGAAACAUUGUUUCACCUUCUACUCCCAAAUCUAGGGGACAGCAUAAGUCACAGAGCUCGGCUAAAGAUCCAAAAGGACGUGGAGACAGUCAAGGCACCUUAACCAGGAUCUUCAAAAUGGGAGGAAGCCAGUCUGCCUCAUCUACCAAGCGUUGAUGUCCCAGUGCCGAUUUAAAAUCAGGAGGAAAGGGAGAGUGAUGGAUGGAUUUGUUUUUUCUUAAUUCUAAUUCAGUAACAAAGACUUGAAUAGGCUUUUGCAUUGAUUGAUAUGUGACAAUACAAUCUGUGUCCUGAGAAUUUUUCCUGUUUAGUCUUGUCAGAGUUGUAAUAAUCUUUGAUGGGUCGCUGUCUGAAUGAAUCUAACCUGACACUGGUAAUGAGGCUGAGUCAGUUUGAGCUCCUCUCACGACUGGUUAGGUCAACAGCCAUCUGUCUAGAAAUGUUUCUGUCCUGUCUCUGUAGCGUUCAGUCUGUGCACAGCUUCAGUGUGGCCAGUAUCUCUUGCAGUAUUUUGUUUCUUAGACCCUAAAUGUUUUUUUUCUCUACAUGGCUUACACGCUUUAUUUCUCUGUGAGCGCUAUUCCAAAAACAGAAUGAUGGAAAAGAUGUCAAGAUUUACACUGCAUAUCCCAUAAUCCUUUGAACAUGUCAUGUGUGUCCUGGUAUUUAUUGACUGACUUCCAUAACUGGAUUUUUCAACAUUAUGGGAAUUUGUUUCUGGAGAUUUUGGCUUAAUUUAGUAACAGACAAACCUCCAGACCAAUUCUUAUGUUAGACUGGCAGUGUGUUUUACAGAUGAGGCCAGUAGUAUACUGUAUGUUUCAAGCUAUGUUCUCAUCAUACAUUUAAGCCCACAUUUCCAUUAGGAAUCAAAAGCCAUAAAACCACAAACAAAAAGGAUAAAUGUGUCUUAUACAAAAUAAAAAAAUGUCAUUUAUGUUGAUGUUACAGCAAAAUCACUAAUAGAUUACAAUGAUUAAAAGUGCAAAUGUUUGUA